AGAUUCCGUUACGGCGCCGACCGGACCGUGUUCAUAUAGCGCGUGUGUUCGUAUAGCGCGUGUGUUCGUGCCGUGCCGUCCGUGCGUGUUCUCGCGUGUGCGUUUAAAAACGAGAAAAACGCAUCCCCCGUCGUCGGGCAAUGAUCGCGACGACGACGGCGGCGGCUGCUGCGCACUGUUGCGACGGCGAGGAACUGCGCGUUCCCGGAUCGCCGCAACCGUACGCGCGCAGGGUUCGCGGAUCUUGGCGCGACUAUUUGGAUCCGCCGGACGACGGCGUCGAUCUCGUCCACGACCCGUACGUCUACGACGAAUCGUACGACGACGAAGACGACGACGACGUUGACGACGAGGAGGAAGACUCCUACGACGAUUCGUACGAUGACGACGACGACCGCGACGAAGACUGUUCUUGCUGUUCGCUGUGUUCCUCGGGCGGCGGCGGUCCCCGCGGCCGGGACACGCCGCCCACGUCGUCCCGAUCCUCUUCCUCGGCGUCGUCAUCAUCGUCGUCGUCGUCAAUCGGUUUGUCCGCGGCCGCCGAUAUUUCCACUGCAGCACUGUCGCCACCGACGCUCAGGCACGACCUCAGGUCUCCGGUUUUCGAACCUUCCAUGCGCGGCUCGUGCCUGUGCAUACGCUGUCAGAAACGCCGUUACUCGUUGGACUUUUUCAAGAGCACCGACUUCAGGCGCGGCAUACCGUCGCCCAACGUGUACAUGAUCGACGAACGAUCGUGCAAAGUCGUCCACGAUUACAUUCACGAUCGUGAUCUUCAGAUUGGUCAUCGGCCAGCAAAUGUUGUUAAAGAUAAAAAAUUGAACUUCAUUACCUGGGAACCGUAUUUUUGUGUUCUACUGCAAGAUGAACAGACAUUAACUGCAUAUAGAAGCGAGGAACUAUCCAUAUUCCCUGGGACUGCGCUAAGGACAAUAACGCACGCUUUUAAGAUUGGCGAUUCACUAUUCGUAGACCUUCCCCGGGUCCGGCUAGAUGGCGGGGCGAAAAAGUUCCGUCAGCGAUGGGGUUACGAGUUGAUCAAUCAGCCGCCCGUUCUGUUGGAAGAGGACGAAGAUCAAGACGAUGACGACGCACCCGACAGCGCGUCGCUACGCGAGACGACGGAGAGACCGAUCGCAGCUGUGUGCGUUCCGUCUCCCAUGGACACUUCGUACGAAAAAGCCUGUCGCCGAGGAAGCGCUCCCACGACUCCCGUACUCGGCAACACCAGGUCACUGGAACUCACACCUUCGAGAAUUGUGAAUUUCUUUUCAAAACGGUCAUUCAGGUCAAAUCCACUAAAACGGACCAAAAGUGUUACGAAAUUGGAACGAAAAAAAGCGCUGGAAUCUGAUGGAAACGCUAGCCCGGGCAGCGGACCUCGGCUGAGAACGUCCCGUUCGCACGAGUCGCUUCUGUCUGGCCAGUCACAGAGCAUCAUGCAAUCGUUGGACCUGAGCAGCGGUGGUGUGGAGAUCAAACCUCUACAUCCGUCCGUAUUGGGCCGGGAAAACUGUUUUCAGGUGACAUUGCCCGCGGGUAAUACGAGGUACUUCUCGUGCCGCACUGCCGAGGAACGCGACAAAUGGGUGUACAGUUUGAGGAAAUCUGUACAACCCGACCAGGAGCACAUACGCCGUACGGAAAACGCGUUGAAAAUAUGGAUUUUAGAAGCCAAAGGAUUGGCUAACAAAAAAAGGUAUUUUUGCGAGCUGUGUCUGGAUAAAACGUUGUUUGCGCGAACGUCGUCUAAACAGAAAUCGGAGCUCUGUUUUUGGGGCGAACACUUCGACUUCACCAGUCUACCAGAUGUAAACGUCAUAAACGUGCACUUGUAUCGGGAAGGUGAAAGGAAGAAGAAAAAGGAUAAGAGCUUCUUAGUCGGCACCGUUAGCAUUCCGGUACACGAUGUCACGUCCAGAUUCCUUACCGAAAAAUGGUACCCAGUGACCACGGAAAAAAGCCUCAAAGAUCCUCCGUCAUUAAGAGUGAAAUGUCGUUUUCAGAGUGUCGACAUAUUACCCGUACAAAUCUAUCAAGAAUUCUUACAGUAUUUAAGAACAGACUACAAAACCAUUUGUGAAAUCUUGGAACCCGUCGUUGGCGUGAAAGCCAAAGAAGAUAUAGCCACAGCUUUGGUGCACGUCAUGCAAAAGGAAAACCUAGCUAAAGAGUUCUUGUCUGACAUUGUGAUGAUGGAUAUAGAGAAGGUUGAGGACGAUCGGUUGACAUUCAGAGGCAACUCGCUAGCUACUAAGGCAAUGGAAGCGUAUUUGAAGUUGACUGGCGAAAAGUAUUUACACGAGACUCUUAGUGAACUUGUGUCAAAUGUCAUGCAAACCGGUUUCGAUUGCGAAGUGGAUCCUCUAAAAGCGGGUAGUGCAUCGAACUUGGCCAAACAGCAGGCCAAUUUAAGAAAUGCCGUUGAAACCACAUGGAAUCGUAUACUCUCUUCUCAUACAUCAUUUCCAUUUGAGCUUCGGGAGUGUUUUACAAGGUUCCGUGAACGUAUGAACAGUUCUGGACGUCACGAUAUUAGUGACAAUUUGAUUUCUGCAUGUAUUUUCUUAAGAUUUUUGUGUCCAGCCAUUUUGUCUCCUAGCCUGUUUAACAUAACACAUGAAUAUCCUAAUGAAAAGGCAGCACGGAAUUUGACUCUGGUGGCUAAAACACUUCAAACCUUGGCUAACUUCACACGAUUUCAAGGAAAAGAAAAUUUCAUGGAGUUUAUGAAUGACUUUUUGGAACGCGAAGCAGCUUCAAUGAAAUCUUUCUUAAAAAUUAUAUCUAGUCCUGUACCAAAUGGUUAUUCAACUCCACAAGACCACUCCACUGAGUUUGAUGGACACAUCGACCUUGCCAAACAAUUGAGCAUACUUCAUACAUUGUUAAUGGAAUGUGUGGAAAAAAUAUCUCCAGUACGUCUUCAGGAAGUAGAAAAGUUACACAUGAUACUAGAAAGAAUACAAUUAGCACUUGCUCAGCCUGCUGGAGUUAGAACACCGUUAAAAAAUUAUAUUGAAAAUCAACCGUCUAAUGAUCAGAAUAAUAUUUACCAGCCUGUACAACAUCAAAACAUUUUUAGAUAUAAUGACCCAACAUUGAAAGAUGGUGCUCAACGUUUGUACGGGUCAACACAAGGGUCAUCUUUGAACAGUACAAAUAAUUUGGUUGGAAGUUCAACACUUUUGUGUGAAAAACGUCCUAUAACCAAUACAGCACGUGCAUCGACUCUACCCCGCAAUGCAUUCUUUUCGUCAAAUCCCGGUUCACCCAACCUACAACUUUGCCCUAAGCUAAAAUUUGAUGAACCAGUUUCCACUUACAAUGGAUUUACUCCUCAUCACCACAUCAAUCAUAAUAACGGGCACAAUUCUGAUAUUGAAAUUGACCAACAGCAAAAGGGAAGUCAAAUGUCCAUUUCCACAUUAUCAAAUGUAGCAUCUUCUGGUUAUCAGAGUUUUGCGGCAUACAGUCAGAGCUCAAGUCCUGUUGAUUUGACUAAUAACAAUAGCAAACCGCCAUUAGCUAAUGGCAAUUCUGCUCUGCCACCUCUGGCAUUUGUCAAUCCCGUUUACCAACAUCAUCAUCAUCACCAUCACCACCAUCAUCACCAAAGAAAACAGCGUCCACGGUCGUGCAGCUCUUCCGAAGAUGAGAAUACUCCAGUUAAUGAUAAAGUAGCUCAAGUGGCACCAAGGUUCCUACCACCUCAUCGAGCUCCAAGAACUAAUCCACAGUGCAAUGGUGGUGGUAUGGCCAGGUCCUUAGCUUGGAAAUGGUCUCCAAACAAAGUCAACGGAGUCAGCCCUACUCCUAAAUGUAUACUUGGUGAUAAAAAAAUAUGCCCUGCCGAAAUGCCUUUAAGGAGGCGUGUGUCCAUUGAUUCCAGUCGUGGAAUGUCUGAAGAUUCUUCUGAGGAUGAAGACACAAGAAAUCAAAAUAUUGCCAAUAAAUUGAAAACUAAUCGCUCCAUUGAUCAAAUUAGCUAUCAGAAAGAAAUUGAACGUCUUCAAACCAAUGUGCAAAUACUUAAAUUAAAGUUGGAACAGGCCGAACAGCAAUUGGAAUCUGAACCUGAUUCACCAGAAAUUAUUGAUAAUGAACCAGAUAAUAUGAAAAACAUAAUAGCAAGGUUGAUGUCUGUGGAAGAUGAACUGAGACGCGAACAACGCAAAAUGUCAGACACGCUAACUCACAAGCAACGUGUGAUUGAAGCUCAAGAACACCAGAUUGCCGCAUUGGAUGCAGCUAACAAUCGAUUGUUGAAUGCUUUAAGCCAGCUUAAAGAACGGUACCAAAUGACCAAUGGAAAAACCAAUAGUCCAACUCCCAAUAUCAAUCAUAGACUGCUUGCCGAGCUUGGUGAACUCAAGAGCUCAUCUUGUUAAAAUCUGUCCUCUCAUUGUAUUAUGUAUUCAAAUUUAGAUAGUGUUUAUCUAAAAACAAAUAUAUUAUAUUGUCUAGAAUUGGUUCAAAUACAAUUUUUUCAACUUAAGUUGACCAUAAUGGAUAGGUCGUGUUGCAUUAUUAUAUAAAUGCGUUUCUACGCAAAAUAAACUUAAUUAAAUUACUAAUUUCAAAUCAUUAUCAAGUAUUAUUAACUUUAAUGUGUUCUUACAUAGUUAUACAUACAUAUAUUUUUUUUUAAUGUAAAAUAAUAAUUAACAAAUUUAAUAUUAUUUUAAACUUGGUGGUUUACACAAAUUUAUCAAAACUUUUAGGUUUUUAACACAGAUGUAUUUUUUCUCUUUGAUGAAUCUUUGUUUUUAUUUAUUUUUUUAUGAUAGUUAGUAGAUUUUAAGCGCAUUAUGAUCAUUAAGUUAGCUGCUAAAUGUUCCUUAUAAAGUUUUCAGUUUAUAUUACUUAAGGAGUAUGUUUAAUUUAACAAACUGGUAGUUUAUAAUAUUAUUAUUUUAGUGUGUUAAACAAUGAUUAUUAUUAUUUAUUAUUAUUAUUAUUAUUUUUUUUUUUUACAUUCUGUUAGAGUUAUGUUGUUGAAUUGUUUAUUUUUUAUUUAUUUUUCAAUAUUGAUUUGGGUGUAUUCAACUUAAAACAAAGUAUGUAAUGAUUUUGGUUUUAUUUUUUUUUCGUGUUUUCUUGAGAAUAAGUUUUGUACCAAAGAUUAUUACUGACAAAUCAUUGUAUUAAUUCUAAAAGGACUGACGAAUUAUACAUUUUUUUUUUUU